CCCUUGGUCAGAUUCUGGAUUAAAAAAAAGGCAAAAUCAUCUGCUCUAUAUGUAGAUUCUAUUUAAAUUCUAAAUUACAUCCUUCAAGUGAUGUGCUAACACAAGAAGUCAACAAGAAAGAAUGCUGAAGCUCAGAACUGACCAAAAAAUGGCUUUUAUCCAUAUUGGAGGAGUGGCAGAGUGUUUAAGGAAUGAGACAGAUAGCAAAUGUAUUUACCUCCGUAUGGCUCCAUGAUAAUCUUCCAGGUAAAGUAAUUUGCCAAUCCAAGGGUUAUAAAUAAUGUUAUACAUAGUGUAAACUACAAUGUAACUACCUAGACAAAUUAAAAAUGUGUGAACAGGUAAUGUACCUAUUUUAAAUGGCAAGUUGUCAUUAAGACUCUUGAAUAACUUAGUAGAUAUUUUACAGAUGAAUUCAUUGCUAUACCUAUCUUGUAGUGACAGAGUAUUUCUGAAUAACAUUAAAAUUAAUAAAUGUAUAUUCUAAAUCUAAAAAGAAAGUGCCGUGCUACAAAGUCUAUGUUUUUAAAAGGGAGCAUUACUAUGCACUAGAUUGCAUGUAGCUUUUAUUUAAAAAUGCAGGGAUUCUAGAAAGAAAAGCUCAGAUAGGUCCUGAUAGGAAGCUACAGUGAAGCAGAGUAUAAUCAAAAUCAUUUGAGAAGUUACCAUAUUAUUUGUAUUGCCACAGUACUGAUGAGCGCUUCCUGUAGACCAGAGGAAAUGUACAAACCAAACAGAAAUACUAAGGAGAAGGAAAUCUACAAGGUGGAAAACCCUGUUAGUGUACUCAUUUUUUACUGGAAGAAACUUCUUUGCAUUUUCAAGUCUAAUCGCUAUAUCUAUUUCAUCUUACCAGAAAGCAUGUAUCAGUAUAUACUAUAUAAUACUAACAAGUUGUAGAAGGAAAAAAAGAAAGGAAAGGGAAAUAAAAGUUGUAGUGCUGACUUGAAAAGGGUGAAAGGGCGUUUGGAGUUUGCUGAGGGGCAGAGCCAGAACACUGUUAUUCAGGAUGCAAUUCAUUCUUUGACUUUUCAGUUAUGGGCUGUAGGAAAUUGUUUUUAGUGAUUAGAACAACUCACCUGUGUAAAAAUUGCAAAUUAAAAAAUUCCCUCAUCUUGUGUUUUAAUUAAAUUUGAAAGCCCUGGUGGAGGUGGAGGUGUUUGUUUAUCCCACAACAUGAAGUACCUGUGCUUAAUGCUUAGCAUUCAGCAGUUGUGAGCUGGAGCCAGAGGGAACGUUUUGUGUCAGCUGGAAGAGCAAAGCAUGUGAACCAACAGGUACUUACGCUUUUGUGUUAUGUCGAAAGAAAGAUGACACAUUUUUUCUUACUGAGGUAUGUGUUAAUUUCUCUUUUCUUGUUUGAGAAAACAGUAUGAUUCUGGUAUCUGUUGUGAAACAGGCUUCUGGCAGGGCUGAGAAUGGGUCUUAUCCCCUGCUGUAAAACUGUUGGCCUUACAGUCAAAGCAGUAUUGUUCUAAGAAUUUACAACAUGCCAGGUAUUGAUUUUUACAGAUAAUUAUUUGUCCUUUGAAAAAUAAAGGUUAAAGUGUACCUUUCUGUUAGGUAACUGCAUUUGGCAUGUGUUCAUAAGCAACUAUUUCCUGUUAAACAAAGAAAUCUAUAUUGGGAUCUUGAGUUAGAGAGAAAUGUCUAGAGAAUCAUCAUAAAAACUGUAAUUUGUACUAAUUUAAAUUUCUAAACAGUUUAUCUUUUACAAGCUUUGGGUGUAUCUCCAUUUAUUGCUGUGUGUUCUUCACAAGGUGUUCACACAGAGGCCAUUACAGAUUGAGGAUAUUACUGUGCAGUGGAUUUUUUUCAGGGAACAUUACAUGUGAAGGCAGACCAAAAUUGUCCUUUUGUGUGUGUGUGCUUCAGCCUACUGUGCAAACUGCAAGGGUAAUACUGUAUAAACUGAGUACAAUGUGACCAAAGUAAUCUUUUGCGUGAACAUAGCACUUUUUCAGAAGUAAAGGUACUAAACAGACAGCGUAAUUUUGAAAUUGAACUACUUUAAAAAUAUUUUCUUGUGUGAUUUGGGGGAGAAAUGCCCUUCUAAAUCAUCUUUAGUUAAUUGCAGUCUCAGAAGGAUGGAAAAACACUUUCCCUUUCUCUCAUUUGUAACUUGGUGUGUAACCUGACUCAGGCUGAAGCUCAGGGCCCAUGAAAUGACUGAGGUUAUUUCCUCACCCAGGACGUAGUAUUUGGAGUUUCUGUUCCUCCUCUGGCCGUUAACCACAUUCUUCCAGGGUUUAAAGCUUCCUGCUCAUCCCAGUAUAAUUAAGACUGCUAAAGCACUUGAAAAACAAAGCAUUCAUUGUGUAAAGUGCAUCGUAUCAAACCAUAGCUUCGUAGAAAUCACACAGAAAAUAAAUAAUAGAAAUUAUUGUAAUAAUGAAAGAGAUUAAAUAGCAGAGAUUUGUUGUUUAGCACUUUUUUCAGAUCUCCAUUUCUCCCUCCUCUCUUCUCCUGUAGUUCUCCAGUUUCUGGAGACAUCGGCAUUGGUAGUACUUCAAAGGAGUCACCUCUGAUUGAGUAAGGCAAUCCAUGGGCUGUUGAUGAAAUCCACUGACACCAGUGGUGUCAGCUAGGAAUCUCUGUAGUGCACUAAGAUUUCUAGCAUGAGCUGUUAUCAUCAGAGAAUUGGGUGUCACUACUGUGUAUUGUAAGUGGGAACUCUUGCUAAGGUUAGUUUCUGUAAAGCAGGCUUUAAGUCAAUUGUUCUUGACUGAACCAAGACUAAAAUACCAGAAUGUGCAUAUAAGCAUCACAUAUAAAUUGUUUUUGUCAGCUAAAAAAACAAGACAGCCUAAAAGAGUGCUCAGCUAAUUUUAGGUAACAGUUAUACGCAAUGUGCUUCUAAUGCCCAGUAUUUAUAUCACUGGGCUGUGUUUAUGUAUCUUGAUAUGCAGUUUACAAAGUGUGCACUGUAUGUGGGGCCGCAGAACCAAAGUUUAAAAAUAUGGCAUAGGUCAGCAUAACAACCUUUAUCCUCCCAGCUCCAUACAGUUUCCUGUGUUAUGUAUUCUGCUAUUUUUCUGUUAUAUUUUUUACUUAAAAAUCACAGAUUAAUAGAGCUUCUGUUACCUUUAUAGAGGUUUGUUGCAAUCCACAGGUCAGAAAAUUGGGGGCUUGGGGUGUAAGAAGCUUAAUUACUGUGUAAGAGAAGUUUAAUUACUGUGAACAUCAGAUUUACUUUUUAAAUUUAGUCAUCUUAAUUCAUUUCAAUAUUUACACAUCGAAACCGUAUUUUAUGAGUUGAGAUAAAAGUUUUUGCAUUUAAGAAAUUACAAAGGCAUGACUUUCUAAUGUAGAAAGAAGAAAGUAGAAUUGAGGAGUAAUCUGAGAGAAUUUAGAAUGACAUUUAAAUUGUAUUUAUGUUGUAAUAGCUCUCUACGUUUUGUGUGCCUGACACAGUUACUUGCACUUGGAUUGUCUGAUAUCCUUGCAUGACAGCCCUCAUUUUUCCCGUGGCCUAAGAGCAAUGUUAUGAUAGGCUGCUGGUAUUACUCAAAUGCAGCCCCUGAAAACUGAAAAAAGUCACCUGAGAAAUGCUAAACAUAAUGCUAUAUAGAGUAGCUGCCUGUGAAUGUGCAUGCUUGUGCUCUCUGUCCCAGGAGAGCAGUCCUCAUAGCUCCAUCUUAUCACGGGGACCUACCUGUCUUCCAUGGUUUCUUUCGGUAGCGCUCAAAUUAUUUAGAUGUAACUGCCUAGUUGCUGUCAAAGAAUGUACACUGCAGAGAUUACCAGGAAGUUGUAUCUGGCAUAAGUUAAUUAGUAAUUUUUAUAGAGAAGGAUGCUGUAAAACAAGCUCAAACUCCGUGAUCCUUGACUUGCUACAGUCAAUAACAGUAGCAGAAAGUGUGUUCUGCUGUUAGCAAAAUCUGGAAGAAACCAUCUGUUGUUACCACACUUGGCUUCAGGAUGUCCGCUCUUAACGUCUUGCUUUUUGUUCUGUUGCUGGCCGGUGGUUCGCUGAGUGAACAAACUUCAGAACCCAACUGCACUGAAGUUGAGGACUUUAGAGCCUGCCUGGGUAAUACAGACAACUUCUGUCCUACAAAUAUCUCUUGUCAAUGUAAAAAUGAAAAACCUUUUUGCAGAUGUGAUUACUACAGAGAGGGCUGGAAGGAGUAUUGGUACAUGGGCCCCAAAUGCAACCAGCUUUGGAGCACGUUGGAUUUAAUUUUAGUAACCAUUCUUCCUGCAGUAGCAUUGGUUUUCCUAGUUAUUGUGAUAUUGCAGUUUGUCCAGUGCUGUAAAAGUAAAAAAGCAGGGAAACAGACACAUUCUCCAUAUGGUGAAGCACAGCAUAACCCCGCAUUUACUCAUGAACUGUCGGGUAACCUGGGACAUCAGCAGCCACCAAGAGAUGCCUGGAUUGGACAACUGCCAAAAGUUGUACUGAGAAGACAAGAUUUUGAUGAUUUCCCAACCUCAAGUCAAUCAGAUAAUUAUAGUCCUGUGUAUCCUCAGCCCUCGAGGAGAACAGACUAUGUUUCCAACCAGCGCCCUCAACAAUAUGACAGAUUUGUCUAUCCAGGCAACAAUGCACCUUAUGCAGAGGUGAGACAGUAUCAGAGAUACUGAUAGCAGUGCUCCCUACUUCUGAAGCGUCUCAGCAUGCUGUGUGAUCAAUGAAUGGACAAUCCAAAUGCUGAGAGAUCAGUAAGACCUUGUGUGCUCUGUUACACAGAGAAACUAAUAGCUGCUAGAAAUCACUGGGAGUUAUUGCAAAAAAAAAAAAAAGUAUAGAAGACAAUUACAAAACAUAUUUCUGAAAUUACCAUCCCAUUUGUUUGCUUUAUAUUUGAUGACAGUUUAGCUUUUUGAAUACCUGAUUUUACAGUUUACACAGCUGUUUCUACAUAUUACUUAAAUUGUUGCGCAUCUGUUUGGACCCAUGUUCUUAUGUGAUGAAUUGUGUCCUGUGCCUAAAUGACAAGAAGUACCCUAUCACCUUUCUUCAGAAGAAAUUCACGGGGAAGAAGGAAGACUCAAAAAUUCAAUAUGAGAAAUGACAAAUACGUAUGCUAAUCAUCAUUCUUCCUUUAUUGCUUUGCAGGAGGGUUUAAAUAUGUAUUAAAAGGAAAGUGGGGGGGAGCUGCAUCUUUUCUUACUUCUCAAAACAGUUUGUCAAAGACAGCUUCUACUGGGCACAGGUUUUGCUUCUUGGUGUCUGUUUGGCUUAUCCAUUUAUUUGUGAUGUUUGCCCCACUCUUUCAUGAUCUCUGUCCGUGUGCUGGUGAACAAUGGUUUCUAGUCUAAUGCUUUUACUAGGACCAUGAAUUUCUCUGACUAAAAUUAGGAAGAUUCUCCAGGGCACUGUAGCACAGAGAGCCUGCUGUUCCCUGACAGGUAUUUCUUUGUUUUUCCCCAAAGGAGCCAAUAUGUAAGGAAGAAAAACAACAAAUUACACACAAGUUUGAACUGUGUAGUGAAGUCUAUAUUCUUGUGUACUCCAAUAACCCAAGGAAUUAGGUAGAAGGGAGGGCUCUGUUCUCAGGUAUAGCCACCUAGUCCCACUGACACUGGCAGCAUUGUGCAAGCGCAAACAAGGCACUUUGCUUCCCAGUGUCUCAAGAUGCAUCAAACUGACUAACUGUUGACUGACGCGGCAAAGUGAGCCUGUGAACCCAUUCCAUUCUCCCUUGUUUCUUCGUAAUUUUGUCUUCCUUAGUCAUCUUGUCAAUCCAAACAGCUCAAAUAUUUUGCCUUUAAAAAUGCAGUUUGUCUUUGUAACUUGCUUUGUGAAUAAUGAAAAUAAAUGAAGCUAUGGAAAAUUGAAUACCUUACCACUAACAAAUAAAAGAUACUGAAGUCCUGGAUAUUUUUCCCAUUUUCCAAAAAGUCUCAAUCAUAAUUUAAGAUUUUUUUGCUUAAUGUUAGUUGAUAUGUGAAACUGUAAGACAAAAAUAGAAUGUUAAGGUGUUCAGGAACGUGAAAAUACAGGCAAUUCGUAUUUAUAAAUCAGAAUUCCCUCCCUGCAAGCAGCUUCAUGGCUUAACUGCAUCCUGGCACUUUCCAUACCCUCCACAACUCUCAGCAAUUGCCCAGACUGUAUUGGCUUUCCUAUGCAAGUAUGGUCAUGGAGUCUGAACGGGUUUCUGGCUUCUCUAUCAUUUUGUUUUCUGUUCCUUGCAAGAAUUUAGUGAGUAGGUACAACUUCCUACUGGGGGAAAAAAAGGAGGGGUGUCUCCAAAACUGACAGUUUUUCUUGGCUCUGUAAGUUUGCUGCCAUCUUGGCUGGUAUUCUUUUAAGCUCCAGCCACAACUGCUUUUUCUUAUUUUAUUGUUUUAAAUUUCUGUUUCUUCCCCAGUGCAACACCUAUCUGAAGUGGGUAAGUUUCACCAGUGUUACUUUUGCUACUGCAAGAAACUCGUAGGCAUUUAAGUCUGGACCUAAAAUGUAUUGAGGGCAGACUUGCCAACUGUUAAAUCACAUAAUGAUAAGGUCAUUUUUCAUGGUGAGCUGAAAACACGCACCAAAAUUCACUGAAAAGAAACCAGAGAUUUUCUGAAUGUGAUCUGCUUGUAAACCUGCAUUACGGUUGCAGGAUAUCUGCCAAGGGGACAGGCACUUCUCCUGAUACUCUUAACCACUUGUGAUCAGAUCAUCAAUCUUAACAGCAGGCAGUGGUAUGUGAAAGAAAAGUGUGAAGAAACUGCUUGAAAUACUCUGGUGUCACUAACAGUAACAAUUAUAAUCCUAAGGAAUACCUUUUUGGUUGUCAUCUGUAAAGCAUUAUGCUCUGGAUGUUUGUCUCUUAUCUGGAGAGCAGAGAAGCUCUGCAAUUCCUUAAAACCUUUGUGUUUGAGCUGAAGGGCAAGGAGCAGUUCUGGUCUUCUGCUAGUUGUGGUUAUGACGUGCUACUUCCCUGACAGGUACAAGUAUUUUAAAUUGAUGUAUAAUGUGGUGUUUUGGUAUCUGCACAUUCUUUCUGAUUCCGUGCAGUGACUUUAGAUAUUUGGAUACCUGCAAUCCUGGUACCUCAGGUUGGGUUGGGUUUGGCGUGUUGGUUUGAUUUCAUUCUGUACUUCUGACCAGUGCUUUGUAUUGCUUUUCCUUGUAAUUGCUACCUUGCUCUGCACAUUCACAUGUUGGGUGUGAUGCUGAGUGCUGUGUCACACUGUUGGCAGUAGCCUUUUGUUGUUGCUACUUUACGCUCAUUUUACCUUUGAGAUUUCCCUUGAUAUUAUUCCAGAAGAGAGAAUCCUGCACAGAUGGGAUUUUGUUGAAGAAA